AUGGCGUUCUGUGCCGAGCAGUCGACGCUAGGACUCGUCUUGCGGUCGCGGCGACGACGAGAACACAAAGGAAUAGAACGAAGAAUAGACGGAGAGAGCAGGACUCGAGCGGAGUGGGCCGCGGUGGGUUUAAGGUGGGUGAGGCUGGGAGGAGAACAAAGAGUCGAGGGGAGUUGCCUUCUCGGGCGAGGGCACGGGUUGAGAUUGGGUUGGUGGUUGCUUCCCUUCAGGGCACUCACGUUUUGGGCGGGGCACGAAAUCUGCAACGCCAAGCUCCGCCAACCUUCCAAUUGCUCUCGAAAUACCUGCACGCCGCGCGAGGAUCUCGGCAGCAGCGCCUUCGAUCGAGAGAGCGUGGACGGGCAGCUCGCGCCAGCCGGUAGCAGAGGGGAGAGGCGCCAGGGAACUGUUCAGGACGCCGGCAUCGAGGUCAGGACGCUCGCGCAGCCAAAACGGACGUGGCUGCAGUCGCUCAAGCACCGAAGACAGUCCAGGCGGCCCACACAGCGCUCUCAGGCGGGGCGCUGGGACGGUCGAGGAUUGACAGGCGCACAGCGGUGGUUAGGGCGUGGUGUCGUCGGACGGGCAGGCGGUGGACGACGCCGCGGACAGAACGCUCCCUCGACGGACAAGGCGCAGAGCGAGGCGCGUCAGCAAGCGGCGGCGCGAACUGCGAAGGGCUCCAGUGCUCCAGUGCUCCAGUGCUCCAGUGCUCCAGUGCUCCAAUGCUCCAAUGGGCUGGAGGGCUCACGAGCAGCAGCAGUCGAAUGGCGUGGAGUGGCGCUGAGCGUUGCACAAGAGAAGGGAGCCAGGACGGACGGGUGA